UUCCUGUCAGCAGUGCGAGGGACCGACGAGAUGAGAACCAGCGAGUUUGACUCUUCAUCGGAGGAGGAUGAUGUGGGACAAGACGAGCUGACUCCCUUCCACAUCUCCUGGUUACCUCUGUCCAGCGUGGAGUGCUCCCAGCAUCUCGGCAUCAGCGCGUUACCAGGUUGCAAGUACAAAGAUAUCCGUAGAUGUCUGCAAAGAGACGUUGGGGAGCUGCAGAACCAGGGCGUCCAGGACGUGUUCGUCUUCUGCACCAGGGGAGAGCUCAACAAGUACCGGGUGCCCACGCUGCUGGAGGCCUACCGGCUGAGGGGCUUCACGGUUCACCACACGCCCUUCCCCGACGGCACGGCCCCCGAGCUGGAGCAGUGCUGCCAGAUCCUGGACGAGCUGCAGACCAGCCUGGACCGCAACCGGAGGACGCUGAUCCACUGCUACGGAGGCCUGGGACGCUCUGCUCUGAUCGCCUCCUGUCUGCUGCUGCUGCUCUCCUCGUCCAUGACGCCCAGUAAAGCCAUCGAGAUCCUCCGGGAGCACCGAGGUGGAGGAGCCAUCCAGACGGUGAAGCAAUACAACUUCCUCCACGACUUCCGGGAGCGAUACGCCGCCUACAGAGACGGUGUCUCCACGGAGCGAUCGGUGUCUCGGUGAUGCUGCUCCUCGCCUCAAAUCAAACCCUGUUAAGAUAAAAAUGUCUUCACAUUUAAUCUGAGUUCGCUGGGUUUCACUAAGAACUGCCAUUUGUGAAAGUUUGCUCUAAUUUAUUUGUUUUCAUUCUCGUAUUCAAAUUAAGGACUUGAGAGAUUCUGAUUUUGUUUGCACUAAUUUUUCUUUUUAAAAAGACAUCAAACAAAUAUUUCAGGUAAUUUUUGAGUCUGUGAGCUACGAAACGGCUUAUGCAAGUAAAAUCAUCCAGUGACCUUUUAUUUCUCUUUCAUGGAUCAAUCACUUCAUUGGUUAAAGAUUGAAAAACAGCAGAUGACGUGCUCGGUUCUUUUUUCUAGCUGUUCGCGCUGAUCCACCAUUAACGAGCUGAUUUGCUUCAGUCGUUUUAUUCUGGUUAUAAAAUGUCAAAGAAUAUUUCUGUACAAAAGCUUUAUAUCUUUCAAACAACACAUAUUGAUGAUGAUGGUCUGAUUAUCUGUCAUAUCUUCCCUGCCAACUUCCCACACUGCAAAAACUGAAAAUCUUAAGAAUAUUUGUCUUAUUUCUAG